CAGUAUUAGCUACCUACUCAUUCCCGCAAAUCACAAUUUCCGAAGUAGAGCAUUUUCCAUGCGUAGGCUCACAGAUUAAAAAUGCAUUAUAAAACAGAUGAUGUACUUGUGAAGAAACGCAAUAUUCGCUCUAAAUUGGAUUAUAAAUGGGAACUUACACAGCAGCAAAAAGAUGAUAUUUUCGAAGCAUUCAACUUUCUGGACGCUGACGGAAAUGGAUUGGUACAACUUGCAGAAAUUAAGGUAGCAUUGAGGGCGCUGUGUGCUGACCCAUCUACAUCCGACUUGAGACGACUCUCUGCCGAGUAUUCCAAGGACAAAUCGGGUGCUCUGGAUUUUACCGGCUUUUUGGAAAUCAUGACAAAAGCGAUGAUGGAAAGGGAUUCAGAGGAGGAAUUGUCAAAAGCGUUCCGCUUGUUUGAUGCUGAAGGAUCUGGAUGUAUUACAUUCGAUAAGCUGAAGAGGGCAGCCCAAAUUCUCGGUGAGGACGUGACGGAUGAGGAAAUACAGGAAAUGAUCGAUGAGGCGGAUAAGUCUGGGAAAGGUGCGGUUACAGAGAAGGACUUCAUACGCAUACUCCGAAAAUCGACGACUUUUUGAAUUCGAACUGUUUUGCUAUGCACUCGAAUACAACUUUUGCUAUGCACUUAAAUACAACU